AAGUGCAGCUUUGGUUCUUUUGAUCCGGAUUUCGGAUUUCCGUGCGGUGCGGGCGUCGGGUUCUCGUUUCAUUUGUAAUAAUUCGGUAGUAAAAUAGUAAACCAUGUCGCUAGCCCAAUAUCACAUUGAUAGUGAUGAUGAUUGCCGGCUGCCCGCGGAUACCUUGCUGGUGCUGCAGCAGUUCCUUCAGGAGAAGGAAUUGCGCGAGAAGGCAGAAGAAACCGGUGAAUUAGCUGGAAACACAGGUUUCGAGGAAAAUUGGCAACUUAGCCAGUUUUGGUAUAAUAAUGAUACAAAGGAAAAAUUGGCAUUAAUUGUAAAUCAUUUCAAAGAACGAUUUGCCUCUGAUGGAAAAGAACUGCGAGUAGCUCUGCUUUCUUCCCCGUCGCUCUAUCAUCACGUAAAGGAUGUUGCUGAAAAGGUAACAUUGUUCGAGUUUGAUGAACGAUUUGCAUCUAUUGGAUCGGACUUCCAACAUUUCGAUUACAACUGUGCCGUUGAGAACGAUUAUUUGGACGAAUUCAGUGAAGCCUUCGAUCUUAUCAUAGCUGAUCCUCCAUUCUUGUCGGAGGAAUGCAUCGAAAAAAUGGGUAUCGUAGUUCGUAAGAUUUCCAAACCACAUUGUAAAACUAUUCUCUGUUCAGGCUACGCCGUACGUGAUUGGGCUAAAACGUUUUUAAAUCUUGAUAUUUGCAAAUUCGAGCCUCAGCACGAAAGGAAUUUAGGGAAUGAAUUUUCUUCUUAUGCCAAUUUCGAUUUGGAUAGUGUGUUCGCAGAAAAGAUGUAGCUUUAUUUAAUGACGAAAAACAUUACAAACAAAA